AUGUCCUCGUCAAUUUUAUCAGCUGUUCAAUACGACAUCAAUUUUUAUGGAAAUUUAGUUUUUAUGAUCUUUGGAACUAUUGGUAAUAUUUUUAUUAUUAUACUAUUCAAUAAACACCAUCAAAAUGCAUGUGCAAUUUAUUUAAAAUAUUCAGCGAUAGUCAACACUAUUAAUCUAAUAUAUUACAUACCACUUCGGAUAUUUCCUAUUGAUUACAGUCGGGGAACACGAGAUGUACUUAUUCUAUGCAAAAUAACUAUUUAUAUACCAAAUGUUAUUGGACAAAUUGCGAAAACAUUUGUUGUAAUGGCAUGUAUUGACCGGUAUCUAAUUACAAGUGAUCGUGUUUCUUUUCGAGCAUUUAGUACACCCAAACGAGCAAAAUUCGUAAUCAUUUUCGCAAUUAUUUUUUGGAUUAUAUUUCCUAUUCAUGCUCCAAUAAUGCAAACAAUUAUUAAUGGACAAUGUGUAAAAUAUGGCAUUUAUUUAACAAUUUAUACUUUCUAUGCAAUUGUAUUUAUUGGUGGAGGUCCAAUAAUUAUAUUAAUUAUAUUCAGUUAUUUAACUUAUCGAAAUAUGCGACAAAUGAAGGCUCGUAUUCAACCAAUUCCGAUUCAUACAACUACUGAAAAUAAUUCUAUUCGACGUAAAGAUCGAGAUUUAUUAAUUAUUGUUAUUGCUGAAGUAUUUGUCUAUCUUAUGACAACAUCUUUAUAUCCUAUAAUUCUUUUAGAAAUGGUGAUUAGUCAAUAUGCAAUACCAAAUAAAAGUAUUCAAUAUACACAAAUUGAAAAUUUUAUAAAUAAUUUUUCAAUAUUCUUAUUAUAUAUUAUUUCUGCAAUACCUUUUUACAUCUACUUGAUUUCAUCAAAAGCAUUUCGUCGAGAUUUUACACAAUUAAUUAUACAUAUUUAUCAAAAAUUAACUAGACAAUCAAAUAAUCAGACUAUUCCCAGAUCACAGCACACAUUAAACCAACAAGAAACUCGCGCUUAA